AUGGAUGACCAGGCCACCAUCAGGCUGGAUAAAUACCCACAUCCAGAUAUCUCUCAGAUCCUUUGCAUGGGGAAUCCCACAUGCAGCACCUGGACAUCUGCUCCUAUGCGGAAGAGGAACCUCUUCUGCUUCUAUGCAGAAAAGGAAACACACUCCUUCUACAGUUUAAGCAAUCCCAAAUCGUCACCCCCAUAUGUGGCUGAGUCUUCAAGGCCCAUGGCCGAGGGCGAGGAGAAGCGGGCAGAGGGCGUCCCCAUGGAGCUGUCUCCCCCUGCUCAGGUGCCCCUGAAGCAUCCCUCAUCCCAGAAGGCCAGCCCGGAGAGGCGUCUGGAUGAGGCCAGCCUCCAGCAGACACAGCUCAGCCUGCCUGGUCAAGAGGAUGAGGAGGAUGAGGAGGAUGAGGAAGAGGAGCCUGUGGAGGAUGAGUUUGAUGGAGUGUUGGAUGAAGACACUGUGGCUGAGGGUCUGCACAAACUGGGACGCUCAGCCCCUGGUAUCGACUAUGUUUAUCUUCAUCUGUCCCUUCCAGGUCGUAAGCUGAGUGACAUUAACAUUCUCUCCAAAUACGUUCACCUACAGAAGCUGGAACUUUCAUAUAAUAAAAUUAAUGAUCUUUCAUGUAUCAGUCAGAUGCCCUACUUACUGGAACUCAAUGCUUCCAACAAUGAAUUGACUACAUAUUUUGUAUUUAAACCGCCUAAAAAUCUCAAGGAAGUAGAUUUUUCAUGCAAUCAAAUACCUAAAAUGCAAGAUUUAUCAGCAUACCAGUCACUUACUAAACUCUUACUGGACUUUAAUAACAUAGAGGAGAUAAGAGGCCUAGAGAAGUGUCGUAGUCUGAUUCAUCUUAGCUUGUCACACAACAGACUCACUGCAAUCAGUGGCCUUGAAAACUUACCCAUCAAAAUACUGAAUUUGAGUUCUAACCACAUUGAGAAGAUAACAGGUUUGGAAAGCCUGAAAGCUGUACAGAAUCUGGACCUGUCUAGCAAUAAAAUAACCAGUUUAGAAGGUAUGGAGGGACAUGAUCUACUAGAGGUGAUCAACCUAGAGGAUAAUCAGAUUGCUGAGCUGGGUGAGCUUGAAUAUAUUGAAGAUCUGCCUCUCCUCAGAGUUUUAAAUCUGUUAAAAAAUCCUGUACAGGAACAAACAGAUUAUUGGCUCUUGGUGAUUUUCAUGCUGCUUCAGCUAACAGAACUGGAUUGCAAGAAGCUUUCAGUGGAAGAAAAGGUUGCUGCUGUGAAUAAAUAUGAUCCUCCUCCAGAAGUUGUUGCUGCUAAAGAUCAUAUGACUCAUAUUAUGUACAGCAUGAUGCAGCCCCAGAGGAUUUUUGACAGCACUUUACCUAGUCUUGAUGCUCCUUACCCCAUGCUUGUAUUAGUUGGCCCUCUGGCUUGCGGGAAGAGAGAGCUUACCCAUAGGAUCUGCAGACAGUACAACAAUUUCUUCAGAUACGGUCCCUGUCACACCACCAGGGCAGCUUACUUUGGCGAAGAAAACAGACUUGAUUACUAUUUCGUUUCCCAAGAAGCAUUUGACAAAAUGUUAAACAUGGGGAAAUUUUUAGCAACCUUUAAAUACAGUGGCCAUUACUAUGGACUUGGAAGAGAUACUAUCGAAUCGAUUGCCAGAGAGGGUCUUGCUACCUGUGUCCACCUGGAAAUAGAGGGAGUGCGUAGUCUGAAAAACAGCUACUUUGAGCCCAGAUAUAUCCUGUUAAUACCAAUGAGCAGAGAAAAAUAUGAGGGACAUCUACGGAGAAAGGGAUUAUUCAGCAGGCCAGAGAUCGAAGAGGCAGUCUCCCGAGUGGACAUGUACAUCAAAAUAAAUGAGGAUUUGCCAGGAUACUUUGAUGCAGUAAUUAACACAGAUGAACUGGACGAGGCAUUCACAGAGCUGAAUUUCCUCAUAAAGGAGUACCUGGGUCUGGAACCACCUCCCGUUUUUGAUAGCACUCAGGACCUGAAUGGCAAUACAGUAACAGGCUCAAGAAUGAGGUUCUUACAAGAUCAAAGACUGUCACCCAGUGGAGUGACUGCUGGAACUGCUGAGUCUUCGUCUGUCAAUGAAUUCUUGGACUCUUCUGCCAGAAGCUUCUCAGCAAGCAUCUCGGAUGGAUUUGCUCCACAGUUGACCCCCAUGGAGGAAGCUUCUCUCCAGAGGCGUCAUUCUGCCACCCGUCGGGCUCUGUCAGGGAAGGCACCCAGUGUCUAUGUCCAGCUGUUUCAAAGGCCCUUGGCAGUCACUCCAGCACCAGGCAGCUCCCACCACCAACUCCUGGAGCCAACAACGCAGACUUCUCCAUGCUCAGGUGGAGGGACUGGCACCCAAGAACAGAGCCUCACCCCUACCCACCCUGAGAGCCGUGACAGAGACUCUGGUCCUGCUGGUGGACAAUUAGCAGUGUCAUCAUCUGCUGCAGAAGCUUUGCUUGUUCGGACCCCUCUUCCUCAUGCUCGGCUCACAGAUGAGGACAAAGUUGAGCAACGAGAUCCAAGAGGAGCUGAAAAUGGAGCAGACAGAUUGAAAGUUUCUGCAGAGACCGAGCUCCUCGGUGAGAAUCUUCAGAGGAAAUCCAGCAAGUCCAAGCCUGGUCCUUCCCGUGUGCCUCAAGUCGCCACCCGUCCAGGCUCCAACUCCAAACCUGUCCUGCCUCCAAUCCCAUCCGGGCGGAAGGGGAAUGACCCUUGACAGCUGCUAUGAGCCAAACCCUGGGCUUGAUCCUGUUGGGUCUUUCUGCCUAACAGGAAUACUGAUUUUGAUACAAUUUCUCCUCAUCAAAGAAAACUCUAUCAAAGAUUAUCUCUAAAUCCUUUUCUGAUUAACUCCGAAUUGCUCUUCCCUCUCCAAAAAAAAAGUUAUUUAUUUGUAACUUUAUUAAAAAGUAAUUUCUGCAUUUCCCAAAGCUAGAAAUUAUUUCCCCUGGCACUCUGAGCUGGGAAUUGGCAUAUAUAUUUUCCUGACAGCCAUAUGACCAUAUCUUAUCCAAUAACUUAUUUUUCCUCCCCUUCCCAUUUCACAGAUUUAAUUGAAGUGUGAAAGUAUGUUGGUCUCUCAUAAUAUUGUCUCUAUUGCAAAACUUGUGAGUGAUUCUGAUUUUCUGAAAGGUUUAGAGUUAAGGUGGGAGUGAAAACCGCCUCCAAAGCCUUUUUAAUAAAUGUAGUUUCUUAAGAGAUGACACGUAAUUCUUUGGUUUGGUACUUAAACAAACAACCUGGUAAGGACCAUCAGAAGAAAAAUAUUAAUUGCUGACAAGUAGCAGAAGCUGCAAGUACUCUGUGAAGAUUUGCUUUUCUAUCUGUAGAGCAGAACUCUGGCAAGUAAAUAAAACUCUUGAAUCGAUGGUUGUCCCGAUUAAUUCAUGUUACUCUCUAUUUACAGAACAGAUACAGGCCCUUGGCCUGAGGAGGUUGCACUGAGGAGGUCUGUUUGCUUUCAUGUCAUAGAGUGGGUCCUCAGAGACCUUUCCAUGCACAGAAGAAGACAUGACUGGUGGCCACGGUGUGGAGUAACGUCUGGAUCGUAGCUCUGCUUUGCCUCCUUGGGCAAGUUCAGAGCGUGGCCAAGGUUUUUCCUCCU